CUCACAUUUUUGCGACUGUUUGUUUCAGCUCUUCAGGAAGGCUUGAUUUUUUUAAAUGACGUAAAACCGAGGCUUUAUUUUCUUUAACGAACGUUCGUCACAGUAAACGUCCUAAAAGGUUUAUGUGUUAUAACUUGUUAAUUAUGUUUUAGUGGGAGGCUGCACUUCAGCUGGACUUCCGCGUUUAAGGCAUGACCGCUUUUUAUAGCUACGGAAGCUCCACCCGUUCAUCACAACGGCGGCAUUGGUUACAGUUUAAACGUCCAGUUAACUGGAGAGAGCCAAAAAACAACCCAGCAGAUUAUUCCUUAAGGAAACCAUCAUUAGCUGUAGAAAACAUUUAUGCAUACACUCAUCGGCCACUUUAUGAGGUAUCAGGUUGGACCACCUUUUACAUUCAAAACUACCUUAAUUCUUCCUGGCAUGAAUUCAACAGUGCUGGAAACAUUCCUCAGACGUUUUUGCUCCACAUUGACAUGAUAGCAUCAGGUGCAGAUCCCAAAGAUGCUCUACUGGAUUCAGAUCUGGCAACUGUGAACUUAUUGUCAUGUUUAGGAAACCAGUGUGAGAUGAUUUGAGCUUUGUGACAUGGCUUGUCAUCCUACUGGAAGCAGCCAUCAGCUGAUAACAACACUGUUGUCAUAAAGGGUUUAAAUGAUGGUGAGUUCAGUUUUUUAAAGGGCCCAAAGUGAGCCAAAAAACCAUUCCCCACACCAUUGCUCCACCAGCAACAGCCUGUACUGCUGUUACAAGGCAGGACUUGUUGUGAGCUUUGUGGUAUGGCCCCUUAUCCUGCUGAAAACAGCAAUCAGAAGAUGGUUAAACUGGUUAUAAAAGGAUGGAUGUGGUCACCAACAGUACUCAGACCAGUCUCUGUAAACCUGUGAGAUGCCUGUGUGAGAAAAUCCCAGCAGAUCAGCAGUUUCUGAAAAACUCAGACCAGCCCACGUGGUACCAACAAGCAUGCCACAUUCAACGUCAUUCAAAUCACCUUCAUCUCACAUUGUGAUGCUCUGUUUGAACUUCAGCAGGUUGACCACAUCUGAUUCCUUUUCAGGAAAGGACCUGCUUUAAAGUGCAUGAAGAACCACAGCCAGGAUGAUCUACAUCAUAAUGGGAGUCUCGGGUUGUGGAAAAAGCACGUUUGGGAUCUUCCUAUCUGAAAAGCUGGGUUGGCCCCUGUACGAAGGGGAUGACUUCCACCCACGGGAGAACAUCGAGAAGAUGUCUCGCGGUGAAGCGCUUACAGAUCAGGACAGAUUGCCGUGGCUUCUCAAACUACAUGAAGUAAUUCAGAGAGAGAGGAGUUCAGGCUCUGAUGCUCUCCUGGUGUGCUCUGCACUGAAGCACCAGUACAGACGGAUCCUCCUCCAUGGCUCCAAAGCCCUCGCCUCCCCUUCGGACACAGACCAAGAAAUCUUCCCUCCAGUUUCUCCUGAUGUCUUUUUUCUUUUCCUUCGUGGUGACUAUGAAUUCAUUUACCAGAGGAUGGUGGCCCGGAGGGGUCACUAUAUGAAAGCAGACAUGCUGCGUUCCCAGUUUGAUACUUUAGAGGCUCCGUCGGAUGAGGAGAAUGUGUUGACACUGGACAUCCAGAGGGGCAUCGAUGAUAUGGCUGUGGAGGUUGAAAGGCACCUAAUCAACCACAGGUCAGGGCUACCAGCGUAGCCCUGACCUGCUACCAGCGUAGCCCUGUCCACCACAGCAGACCACAUGGGAGCCAUCACCGUGUUUUAACCAUGCUUCAUGGUAGUUGAAAUAAUAAAGUGAAAUAACUCAGCAGCUGCCAUCAGAUUUCAUGGUGCUCAUAACUCCUUUUUACUUUGGCUCCCCCUGACAAAUAUCUAAUAUAUAUAUAUCACCCCCAAGAGGUGGACAUCUGUGAUCCUUAGCAGCUCUAACAUUGACUUUCCAGCAAAUAUUCAGGAUCCUGCAGGAUUACAUUUGAAUGAUUCUGGUGAUUCCCUGUGUGGCUCUCCACAGCAACCAGGAAGUCACAGUUUCCACUUAUUUGGAAACAUCCAGCAUCUACACGAUGGAUUGGGACACGAGCUUGAUAGUGGACAUCAGAUGUUUGUUUUUUUCCCUCUUUCCCUUGAAUAUCUUGAAAACAGUUGAGCAGUAGAUGGAUCCGCAUGUUCGAUUAUUAUAUUGUCACGGAUGCACAUCCUGAUGUUCCCCUCCUAGUUACCCAGGCUUGGACAAAGACUGGAAAGUUGUGACUCCAUGAGGCUGGUUUGGUGUUUCCUUCUGGGGUCCCUGUGGGCAUCUUUAGCAUGUAAGGCGAAUGAGUUAAAUACAACAUGGAGCCCAUUUCUGAGAACUAUAAACUUAAAUCUAUAUAAUUUUACAGAAAUAUAACAUCUCUGUAAAUUUUGUAAUAGAUUUUAAGGCCUCGGGAGUAAUAAAAAGUAUGAUUACUGCCUUUAUCAGGACAUAAUUAAUAUUUUUAGAUACUUGAAAAUUAAAUAUCUACAAAGCUGUGGUAGAAAUGAUUAACAUGUCAACAUGACAGACUAAGAUGAUGAACAUCAGUGUAGUUACACUGUCAUGUGACAUUUUAGCAUCUAGCUCAAAGCAGCAGUUUGCCUAAGUAGAACAACACAGAGUGUGUGGCCUUUACUGUUGUUCUAGUCACUUUUGAAUAAUCGAUGUCUGGUUUGUAAUGAGGAUGAGAAAUAAAUCACUGAUUCAGUGUUGAUGUAAAACCACAGAGUGUGGCAGGGUUGACGAGCUCAUUAGUUAUUUAGUAAAGAGUGGAAUACACAGUAUGUGUGAUUCUCGAGAGUUCUAGCUGGCUGCAAACAUUUAAAACGUUUAAAUAUUUAGAUGCCAUUCUAAUAAAUGCAUUGUGUGUAUGUGAAAAGCUUUGAAACUGAAUCGGUUUGUGCUUAUUUAAACAUGGUAUCUUUUAAAUAUGCCACAAAUAAGGGAUUAGAAGUUGAAGAGAUGGUCAGUUUUAGGUCUACAUUAAUCACAUUUGCAUGGUGAAGAUAAAAGGUUUUUACAGCCUGCUGUGAGUUCUGCCUGUGGGGGUGUGUCCUGCCUGUGGGGGUGUGUCCUGCCUUAGGUACCGCCCUUCUGUACUGCUAAGACAAGAGUGCUUAAUUAAGGCCAGAUAGAUUUGUGUGGAGUGGAAGAUGGUGCUAAUUGUUUUUUGUUAAGUGACCAGCUUUUAGGUUUUUCUGUGUUUCUCUUCUUUUCAUAGUGAUAACAUGUGACGAAUCUCCUUUAGUUUAAUCCUUUAACUAAAAAAACAAACAAACACCUAUUUCAUUACCAAUUUUGCCUUCUUUUUCAAUCUGGACAUUUUUUGUUACUUCUCCACAUCUCCUAGACUUCUGGACUUUUCGAGUGUUUGAUCAUAAACGAUGUGAUGCUGAUCUUUUUAAUAGUUGGAAUAAACACAUGGAAGCUC